AUGGUAAUACGUUUCUAUUGUCGUUCGUUUAAUUCAAUUAUUUUAUUAUUUUAUUUAAUAUCGUUCGUUUAUGGUGAACAACAAUCAAAAUUGUGUCUAGAACAACCUCAAUGUGAUUGUGAAGAUUUUGGUGAUGGAACAUCGAUUCUAUUAAAAUGUUAUCAUUUAACAUAUGCUCCAUCAUUUUCUACCAAUGUUAAACAUGAGGAGGUUCAAAUGGACACAUGUGAUGGACCAGUUCGUAUCGGUGAUAAAACAUUUGCCGAUUUAACCAUAAAUGCAUUACGUUUUCGUUUAUGUAAUUUAACAGAAUUAAAUGAACAAUCAUUUUCAAAAAUAAAUUCAUUAGAAAAAUUUUCAAUUGAAAAUUCAACAAUUAAACCACAAUUUCCACAAACAAUAUUUAAUGCUGAUUCAUUUCAAACAUUAAAAAUGUUAUCAUUAAAAAAUAUUAAUUAUAUAUACGAUGGUACAAGUGAUAAACAAAAAAUAAAUUUAGAUUAUUUAUUAGAACAACUACCAUUAUUAAUACGUUUAGAAAUAAAAAAUGUUGUAUUAGAUGAUCAAUCAUCAAGUCGUCCAUCAGAUUAUGGACGAAAUUUAAAACAUCUAAGUUUAACAAAUACAAAACAAUCAUCAUUACAAUUUGAUAGAUUUAUUAAUUUAGAAAAAUUAAUUAUUCGAAAUAAUCCACAAUUAUUAACACCAUCAUCGACAAAUAUAUCAAAUUUAAAACAUUUACAAUAUUUAGCAUUAGAAAAUAAUCAAUUAAAAUUGGUACCUGUUGGAUUACGUUCAACAAGUUUACAAGAAUUAGAUCUAAGUUCAAAUUUAAUAGAAGAUAUUGAUGAAUUUCAAUUUGAACAUUUACCACAAUUAAAAAUAUUACAUUUAAAUAAUAAUCCGAUUAGAAAUAUUCAUAAAAAUGCAUUUUGUUCAUUAGAAAAACUAGAACGUUUGUAUAUUCAUAUUCAAUAUAUAUUUAUUUCACCAUUAUCUAAUUGUAUUCUAUUAUAUAAACCAACAUUACAAAUUCAACAACAUACACAUACACGUCCACAAUGUGAUUGUUCAUUACUACAAAUAAUUGAAUAUUUAAAACAAAAUAAUUUAAAUAAUGAUGAACAUAUUAAAAAAUAUUUAAAACAUGGUUGUACAGUGACAAAUGAAACAAUGAAAUAUGUUAAAACUCAUCAUCAACAAAUUCAAAAAUCAACUAUGCCUAUACCAAUUGCACUAUUAGAAAAAAAUUUAUAUUGUAAUGAUGAACAAGAUAAAUGUGGUACACCAUGUCAACAUACACCAAAAAUAUUAAUAUUAGAUUCAUUAUCAACAGAAACAAAUGAUCAUCAUUCAUCACAACGGACACAUUCACCGAGAAAUCAUUCUCAACAUAUAAUACAACAACAAAAUAUUUCCGGAAAAUCCUAUGCAAAUAAAUUAAAUGUAAACAAAAAUAUAAAGGAUAUUUUAAUUAUUGCUACAAUUGUCAUUCUAUUGAAAUAA